UGACAAAAUGAAAAUGGACGAAAACGAAGUAAAUAUUGGAAACAAGUGGCGAUGAUAUCGUUUUGUGGGAGUAUUUAUGCAAAUCAAAACGACUAGAUUGAAGAAAAAACAUAUCUGAGUGAAUUGACAGAAGUUUGGUUGCCUGACAUUACGAAUUGUUGAAAAAAAAACGAGCCGAAGCGAGAGCAGGAAUUAGGAUUCAAGUAUUGUUGGGUAAUUGGAACUGGUAAGGAUGAGUUUUGACAGCCAGGAUAGUGAGAAGGCUUUUCAAGUAGCUGAAGAAAGUAAAAAGAAAGAUGGCAAAAAGAAGGACGGAAAGCGAGAUAAGAAAGAGAAAGGCUAUGUAGUAUUUGAGGAAGAGGAAUCUGACCGAGAAGUGGAUGAUGUGAAGAGUCCAAAUAAAGGUAAAAGAGGCAAAGCUGGCUUUAAGUUUCCUGCUAGUAAAAACAUUUUCCCCAAAGCGAAGGAUGAAAAAAAAGAUAAAGAAUCAAAAAAGGAAGAAAAGAAAAAAAGGAAGGAAAAGAAGAAGUCAAAGCGUGUGCAGAUUGUCCGUACAACUGAACUCUUAGAUGAUGAUGAAGUUCAGCCAGUUUUUGGGGUACCUUUGGAAGAAGCUGUGGAGAGGAAUAAAUCGCAUGAUGGUAUUGAGCUUCCUGCUAUAUUUCGUGAAUGUAUUGACUAUAUUGAAGAACAUGGUUUGGAAUGUGAAGGAAUUUAUCGUAUAUCUGGUGUCAAAUCAAAGGUUCAACAUCUGAAGGACUGCUAUAACAAAGGUUUUCCAGCUUAUCUUGAAGAACAUGAACCAAAUAUUGUUGCUAGUCUCCUGAAGAUGUUUCUUAGAGAUCUCCCAGAACCAGUCCUAACUACAGCAUUAAUGAGUAAAUUUGAAGAGGCUUCUACAAUCAGGAAUUCUGGAAAACUUGUGGAACAGUUUUCAAAAUUAAUAUCAGAUCUUCCGACAUGUAACCGACUACUUCUGUCGUGGAUGAUUGUUCAUAUGGCACACAUUAUACAUCAUCAAAAGAAAAACAAAAUGACACUUCAAAAUGUUUCCAUUGUUCUCAGUCCUACAAUGCAAAUAAGCCACAGGGUUCUGAAUGUUCUCUUCUCUCAUUGUUCACAAUUGUUUCAUGAUACACAGAUCAAGAAAUAUGUGCCGCCAUUAAAACCCGCCACCUCUCGCUGGUCACUAGAAUUACCAGAUAAUCCUACUGCCUUAGAAGAAGAACUAGCUAAGCAGGAAUCCCUAUUGAAUCAACUUCACACUGAGAUAAAUGCUGGAAAGGCAGAUGCUAACAAGGAGGAACAGCUUUGGGAGGUCCAAAGAGUAGUGACUCAGCUGAAACGGAAGAUAAAGUUUGCGACAAAGGCUGUUGAAGCAGCAGAAAAAAGAAGGAAAGAUUUAGAGCAGAAGAUGAUAGCUACCAAUUCAAUUGAUGCUGAGGAAAUGGAAAGUAAAACUAUUCCAAAGGAGGAAAAGAAGAAAGUUACUCUUAAGGUGGAAGAUGAUGAAGUUGAAGCACCUGAACCUCCUGAAAAUCCUGUUGAUGAGGAGAAAGAAGAAAUUAAGGAAACAAAAACCAAUUCAGCAGAGAUGAAAAAAGAGGUUGAUGAUGCUGAAAAACAAGUUGAGGAAUCUGUUGAAGAGCAAGAAGAAGUUAGGACUAUUGUGAGUAAAGAAGUAGAUAAUCUGAAAAAAGAAGAAUCAAAUCCAGUUGCCAAAGAAGCAGAACCAUUGAAAGAAGAAGUUGUGAAGAAACCAAAUAUUGUUAAAGAGGAAGUUAAAGAAACAAAAAAGAGAGUAGUCAUUAAAGAAGACAAGCCACCCACAGUUAAACCUGCAGCUAAGCAUCAGUUAGCCACACAAACUAGCAUUCAUGAACCUUUGAAGCCCAUAAAAGCUGCACCUGUAGUACCCAAGAAGCCAGAAGAUACGUCUGAUGAAGAUAGAAAGAAGAAAAGGAGAGAAGAGUUAAGGGCAUUAGAAAGAGAGCUGAUGGGAUACAAACAGGAAGAGGAGGAUUUAGAAGACGCAGAAAGUGAAAAUAAAGACAAAGAAGAAUCUGAAGAACAAUCUGGAAAUGAAAAUGAUGAAGAGUAUCAGCAGCUUUUACAAGAAGAAUAUGCUUUGAAAUUAGAACAGGAAGAACUUCUUGUAAUCGGUGAUGAACUUCAUCAAAAAAUUGAAACUGAGGAGAAAGAAAUUGAGCGUCUUCACCAAGAGAUUCAAGAACUUCAGUACCUUCGACAUGAUUCAGAUCUGGAGGAUGUGAGUUCCUCUUCAGACAGCAGUUAUGACAGUGAUGAUGAUGAAGAUCUUGAAGAAAUACUUCAUCAACUUAUCAUAGAAAAUGAAAGACUGGAAAAGAAAAAUUCUGAGUUUUGUCAAAAAAUCCACGAGGAAAGAAUGAUAUGUUUAAGUGUAAAGUUGCAGAUUCGUUUACUACAACAAAAACAGUUAGGGAUGAGUCAGUCUGUCGAAAAAGAGAUGCUUAUAUAAAUAAAGUCUUUAUGAAGGACGUUUAAAACUAUUUUAAGGCAUCUUAAUGAAACUAUAGUGUAAUUUUAAAUGAAAGUGAACAAACUUACUAUAUGGAUUGGCAUAUUUCCAUCAAUUGUAUAGUUACAUGUUGUAUGUAAACAUGGGAAGACAUUGUAAUCCGUGUGAAUUACAUUAAGAUAAUGUGCUUGUGCAUAGUGUAACAAGGUACACAACAUAUGGUAAAUGAUUGUAUACUGAAAUAACCUGUAAACUCAAAGAAUUUCAGUAAAUUAAGUUCUGAGAUAAAAAUAUGGCUUAAUAAAUAUAGUGCUAUCUGUGGAGUAAAGUACAAUGUGUUUUUUUGAACUUUUUUGUAUUUUUGCCUUUGUGAUUACAGAUUCCUGAAGCAGUGGUUACAUGAUUACGCAGAAGUCAGUUUGUUUGGUAAUUUUCGUUUCGUUUGUGGCUUAAACUUUCGACUUUUGGACACAAAACUGUUAUAUUUUAACAUUAGUGCUAUCUGAGUACUGUAUUUAAAAUUGUAAUGUAGACCCAUACUCGUUCGGAGCAAAACAGUAGGACGUUAAACCCCAUUUCAUUUAGACCCAUACUCACCUCGCAAAACAAUUCUUUUUACUCAAGUCAAAUAAGAGUAAAAGUGUGCAAUUUUUUCAUUCUGUAGAAUAAUGGUUAGAUAUUUUGUGAAUCAUAACUUGUACUUGUAUGUAACAUAAUCUAUUAAAAGUUCAAAUACCAUUUUCUCUUAGAUCUUUUUCUGGCAAUUAGUCUAAGAAUCACACUAUUGUAAAUGUCAUAAGUUUGUAUGAAGAUCAAAGAAGAGAUUAGAAAAGGAUCAAGGGCUGUUCUUCCUUCUUACAAACUUAUAUUAUAAAUUUAUGUUUUUGUUGUAAUACUUACCAUUAUAUAUAGAUACAUUGCUUACCAUAAAAAUUUGGAUCAAUUUUUACAGUGUAUACUUGCUUGUACAUUUAUCAUAUUCUACAUUUCAUUAUGAGUACUAAUUCAAACGGGUACUGUAUUAUACUGAUGUCACAGUUUGAGUCUGUACCCGGUUCAGCUCCAUAGAUAUCUUAUAUUAGUUGACAAAAUGGCCACCUUAGCUUUGAGGUUUAUUUUCAGGAAAUUAUACACACACAUAGGUAAAUAAAAUACAUGAAUAGGUAAAUAAAUAUCGGUACAUCAAAUCAAUGAUUUAUACUAAUUAUAAACAAUUGGGUUUUUGAAAAGCUCAUUAUUAGCAGAUUGAGUUAAAAGUGAAGUAUGUUCCUUGUGAAAACGGAAUCAAAUAGACAUCUAACAGGAAGGUGCAGGGCUGAUGACCGUGCCAAACUUGGGAAGCCAGUCAAACUAUGACACUAGUACUGUUUGUAUGGAGAUUAUUAGCAUUAUUAGGCUAGUAUGUACUCUACUGCUGUAGUUUAAAUAUUGUUGUUAUGUUCUGUGGUUUAAACUGGUUUUAAAACCUUAGCAUGUGAAAGAAUUAAAAAUAAUUACAGAGUCUAAGGCCAAAUCAUGUUCACCAAAACUAUAUGUAUAAAAAAAACCAUAAACUGUUCAAAUUGAGCAUUUUUGACAUAUUUACAUGUACAUGUAUGGUCAUUUGGAAUUUGCUGUAACCACAGGCCAUCUUCAGGAUCCAUUACAUCAUUUCGUAACGAUUUUUAAUUCUAAGAUACGUUUUGUAAGUCCAAUCUUUUUUGUUUUUGGCCAUCUAUAAUAUUUGUAAGUCUAACCUUUUUUUUGUGUAAAUGUACUAAAGGUUGUAUUGUAUAUUAAUUGUAUUGAUAUCAAUAUCUUUAAUUGAAAUUCAGUAAACUACAGAAUAUUGUAGUCUCUUUAUAUGAGAAAGUGCUAGUCACAUUAAAACCAUUAAAUAUUUGUACAUCCAUUCUUUAAAAAGAAUGUUUUAUUCAGGUGUAUUAACAAAGUAAAAUAAACUAAACAGCCAAAAAACCUGUUAAUUGUCCAUAUAAAUUAUAAAAGGAUUAUGUUCAGGAAAUACAAUUAUUCUGGCCUCUUUAUAUAAAUUGUUUAAGGAUUAUAUUAGGAAGACCAUAUAGAUUAUAUUUAUAUAAUAAUACAUAGGGAAUAAAAUUAAUUAGCCGAAUUAAAGGAGCGAAAUCACUAAUAUUUUGAACCUAGAAAUUAACACAAAUGGGUCGCAACGCAUAUAAUGACGUAAUAUGAAUGUAUAUAAACUGAAUCGCAUUCAAUCGUUUCCGUUUUUACUCUAAUUUCAAAUCAGUUAUGUUCGGCGAAAUACACCAGAAGUCUCAAUUGAAUGGCAAUCUCUAGCAUCUGGUUAUUCCAGUCUACACUGAUAGUAUUUAUUGCGCAUGCUCUCCAAGUAAGAAUAUGAGGUCACCAUUCGACAUGUCUUGUGGAAAUGUCUAGCCCUGUUUUUUGAGUCCCUGGUUACAAAUGGGGCUGAAACACAUUAUGGUACAUGAUUCGUAAAAUGUUUUUUUGUCUUAAAUAUUUUAUACCAGAAUUCCAUCUUUUCGUGAUACGAUCACAUCAGUGUUGAUUUAAAUUGAAAAAUAAUUUGUGUUUUCAAUGUGGAAGACUUUGGAUGAUAUUGAGCUAGAGAUUUAGCUGCUUUAAGUUAAAUGUAGCAGCUUUCUUUCCUUCUUAGAAUAAUAGCCAUUCAUAGAACAUUUGCCAUAUAAUAGUGGGUGUAUAACAGUAAUAAACAGUAAUUGUGAAUUGUGACCUGUGUAUAUCAGUAUUAUUUGUUAUGCUUAUAUUUAUGUAUAUUUAUUAUUUGUUUCCAUUGUUUAACCAUAUAAUUAUCAUAUACAUAUUAUGUAAAUGUAAGAAUAUAAUUAUGUAUUUAA